UGCCCGAUCCCUCCAGAACCCUCAAUUCAGCGAGAAUAGCAAUCCCACUCUCUCAGAGCUUGACAUCCUGGUCAUGGCGUCACUGGCGCUCUCUUUCAGAAAGCUUUCUUUGUUCUUUUGUACUACCAGAGUGAUUUCAUGUCAGGAAUCGUGCGCUGUUCUAUCUCGAUCAUUUUUUUCUACUCACAUUGUGGGCGAGGAGCCGAUUCUUGUUCGUGAUUUCAUACAUUCCGCAUUAUAUGAUGCAAAUCAUGGAUACUUCGCUCAGCGGUCACGGUCGGUUGGAGUUAUGGAACGCAGUAUUAAGUUCAAUCAGCUCGAAGGCAGGAAAGCUUAUAUGAGAUACUUGGAUAAAAUUUACAAGCAGAGUGACUCAUCAUGGUUUACUCCAGUGGAGCUUUUUAAGCCUUGGUAUGCCCAUGGGAUUGCCGAAGCAAUCAUGCGCACUGCUAAUCUUUCUGUUCCUCUAAAAAUAUAUGAAAUUGGUGGCGGAUCAGGAACUUGUGCAAAGGGGAUAAUGGAUUACAUUAUGUUGAAUGCACCUACAAGAGUUUACAACAAUAUGACUUAUACCUCAGUGGAAAUAAGUCCCUCAUUAGCGGAGAUACAAAGACAAACUGUUGGAGAGGUUCGCAGUCACCAAUCAAAAUUCAGCGUAGAAUGUCGUGAUGCUGUUGACUUAAGUGGAUGGGGAGAAGUGAAGGAGCAGCCAUGUUGGGUAAUUAUGCUUGAGGUACUAGACAAUCUUCCUCAUGAUCUUAUUUACUCAGAAAAUCAGGUUUCCUCAUGGAUGGAAGUAUGGGUAGAAAAGCAACUUGACAGGGAAUCACUUGUGGAAUUAUAUAAACCAUUGCAAGACCCUCUUAUUAAGCGAUGUGUAGAGAUUGUGAAUUUCAAUGAAAAUGACCAGGCCAAAAGCAGUUUACUAUCAAAAGCAAAAGGCAUUUGGUCUAGAGCGUUUCCAAAACCCAGAAAAUGUUGGCUACCAACUGGUUGCUUGAAUCUACUCGAAGUGUUGCAUCGUGUGCUACCAAAGAUGUCAUUAAUUGCUUCGGAUUUUAGUUACUUACCUGAUGUGAGGAUAGCUGGUGAAAGAGCACCAUUAGUUUCAACCAAGGCACACGGAAGCAGCUCAGACUAUGAAAGCUAUCUGGAUGCAAAGGGUGAUGCUGACAUCUUUUUCCCCACAGACUUCCUAUUAUUGGAACAGAUUGAUCAUUAUUGUUCUGGAUGGCUGAAAUUACAUGGAGAUAAGCCAAAGACAGGGAAAAAGAGGCGAACAAUAAUUCUUGACACAUCGUCGUUCAUGGAAGAGUUCGGAUUGCCAUCAAAGACGAGAUUGAAGGAUGGAUACAAUCCCCUUCUAGAUGACUUCAAGAACACGAAAUUUUAUCUGAGUGUUCCAACACACAACAUCAAGUAGGCAGCAGGGAGGGAGCUUCCAACAAUUGUGAGCUGAAAAUUUUGAAUUCUUUCUUUGUUUCCAUCGUGUAUUGUGUGCAUUAGAAAUCCGAACACAAUUUCUUUAGAGGUAGAACAGAUUCAGAAUAGAUGGUUGGGACUGGAUGAGAUGAUCAUUGAGUCGCCUGCGAAGGUAAAUGGUUACAGUGGCAGUUUCCUAUCGACAGCAUCGUUGUGGUAAUGAUCGAAAUGCCGGAGAAAUCAUUCCCAGGACGCAUGGAAGAGGUCAUAACAUCUGUACGAAAAUAUUGUUCUUUUGAUUUACGGAAACUGAUUAUGGGAAAAUAAAGGGCAAUGACUGCGGCCGUCGUUGACCUACUUUCUUACCCUGACCUCUAAAUUCAGUUCUUUUAUGCCGUUUAUGCAAUGACUUGUAUUGAUUUUUAAAUAAUGGGGAAAGACAAUACAUUAUUUGAAUCUAUUUAACUUCUUGGUAGAUUCUAAUUUGAAUGAUA